AACUGCGACAUGUCUAUAGAAAAAGAGAAAAACAGUUAUCUUUCUUUUCAUUUUAGCUCAUCUCGGUGUAAUUGAAGUGAAUUCUGCUGCUGUUUGUGAUAACGUUGCUCUUGUAGUUUAAAUAGUGUAUAAUUUAAUUCGUGCAUAGCCGCUCAUCAUGUCUGAAGAGCCUGAUACGCCGCCCUUCAGCACCGUCGAUAUUAACAAUGAGAGCCGUGAUGACGAGGAUCUUUUUGCAUCAGCGGUCCAGGAAGUCAGCCUGGACCCAGAGGUGAAUGGGACCCGAGAUACCCUGGAUCAGAUUUCCAUCAGUGAUGCUCCUGCCAACACCGGGUCUAUUGGAAGCCCUAUCAUGGAGGAGAUUGCCACAGAAAGGGCCAACAACAUAAUAAUAACAGUCACAGAGCCACAGAAAAUCGGAGAAGGCAUGAGCUCUUAUGUAGCGUAUAGAGUACUAACCAAGACCAAUAUGCCUAUAUUCAGUAAACACGACUUCUCUGUGUUGAGACGUUUCAGUGAUUUCCUUGGCCUUUAUGAAAAGUUGAUGGAAAAGUAUUUACGCUCGGGAAGGAUCAUACCGCCGGCGCCUGAGAAAAGUAUUGUGGGAACAACCAAAUUAAAAAUGACGUCGACUCCAUCAACGGAGAGCGCCAACGGCGGCUCAGCCUCCGCCAAUGUCCAAUCGCAGUUCGUCGAGCGGCGGCGGGCGUCUCUGGAGCGGUUCCUGAAUCGCGUGGCGCAGCACCCCGUGCUCUGUAUCGACCCGGACUUCCGGCAGUUCCUCGAGUCUGACACGGAGCUUCCCAAAGCAACAAGUACGUCUGCGCUCAGUGGCGCCGGUAUGGUGCGGUUUUUCAACAAAGUGGGCGAGACCGUCAACAAGAUUACCUACAGAAUGGAUGAGUCGGACGCUUGGUUCGAGGAGCGCUUGGGGCGCAUCGAGGCGCUGGAGGCGUGCCUGCGGCGGCUGUGCGGCGCGUGCGAGUCGCUGGCGGGCGAGCGGCGCGAGCUGGGCGCGCGCGCGCACGAGGCGGCGCGCGCCGCCGCCGCGCUGUCGGGCGCCGACCCGCACGCGCCGCUCUCCCGCGCGCUCAGCCACCUCGCCGACCUGCACGAGAAGAUAGAGCAGUUAAGAAUUGAGCAGUCAAACACGGACUUCUACGUGCUAACAGAGCACAUCAAGGACUACCUCGGGCUCAUCCAAGCCAUCAAGGACGUGUUUCACGAACGAGUCAAGGUGUUCCAGAACUGGCAGCACGCACAAAUGCAGCUGACCAAGCGGAGAGAGAACAAAGCGAAGGCCGAGCUCGCCAACCGGCCCGAGAAGAUAGAGCAAGCCUCGCAGGAGAUCAUUGAGUGGGAAUCGAAAGUGGAACGCGGGCAACAGGAGUUCGAUCAGAUCUCGCGAGUGAUCAAGAAGGAGCUCGAGCGCUGGGACGAGGUGCGGGUUGUAGAGAUGAGGGCCACACUGCUGCGGUACCUCGAGGAACACAUGAAGCACCAGGCACAGGCUAUCCGCUACUGGGACGCAUUCCUGCCCGAGGCGCGUGCGAUCAAAUGAGGCGCGCUCUGACGGCGCCUGCACACCGGCUAGGCCGAGCCAAACUGAACCCUAGCGCCCUACGAAUAGACCUCAUUCUACCUUAACGUUCGGAUGACAAGACUGGGACCGAGAAGUUGGAACGAAGCUCGGUAGAUGUCGUUAACAGUAAGUAUAGCAAUGUAGUGAUGUCACGGCGCGGUACAAGUAACGCGAGUCACCUCUAUAUUGCGUAUUCCUUUUGUUUAUGACGCAAUUUUAUUUAUCUUUAGGUAAUGGGGAGUAUUACUGCAAUGUUCUGCCGCCAGAGUGCAGCACUAUGUUGUUUAGUAAACCAUAGAGUAAGGCCUUAAACAGUUUUUUAACAAGUUUUCACAAUGACAUUGAUGCAUCAAGGCGAUUUGUUUACAGGUGGCCUACCGCGAAACACGAAAAUCGAAAUUUAGUUAUCGGCCUCGUUAUUGAUCGAAUAGGCAAGAGUAAAAGAGAGGCAGAAACCGAACUUUAGAUUUUCGUGUUUCGCGGUAGACCCUUUGCGUUGCAUUGCGUUUGUGACGCCCUCUACGCAGACUUUUGCGUAAUAUUCCCUAUUGGUGAAUUUUGUAUCUAUAUUGACAUGAAUAAAAUGAACAUCAUUAAUUAAAACACGUGGCUCGGAUUACUUUUUCGUUAUAUGACCCAAAAAAACACUAUAAAUAAACUACAUAAGUAAACUUCCUUUGACGGUGUUCACAUAAAAUAAGUUUAGCGGCAGCCACAAAAUUGAUGAACAAUAAUAUGAAUUUUGUUUUAAAACUUAUAAAUAAGAAUUUAAAUAUAUGUAAGUUAAGUUAGGCUUAAUCGCAAAUUUCCCUGGAAAUAAGUAUUUGUUGAUAAUUAAUGGUUGCCAAAUGGAAACACUGACUUAAAUAUUAGCGACAUCUGCUGAACUACGUUUAGUUUUGAUUAUUAGAUAAAUAAAUAAUUGUUUAUUGAUAUGUAAUGUAAAAUGUUCAUUCCCAUUGUAUAUUUGAUAUAUUUCAUCGCAGUAGGAAGUCCAAGCGCUAUAAAUCAUUAUUUGUUAGUAGUAUGUUUAUGCCGGUCCGAGACCAAAACUUUUCCGCCAGAGGGCGACAUUAGCGCCUGGCGAUUUAGUUCGGGCAAAGAUCCGCUAGAUGGCGUAACUUGUUAGUUCCAAAAAUCCCCGCUAGAUGGCGCUGCUUGUUAAUUCGCACUACUCCCGGCUAGAUGGCGCCAUCUAGCGGGGAUUUUUGGAACUAACAAGCCCGCCCGCCCUCUGGCGGAAAAGUUUUGGUCUCGGACCGGCAUAAACAUACUACUUUUGUUAAUGUAUUACAUUACUAUUACAAAAGAUAGCGUAAAUUACACUGUUCUGAUUAAAAUUUGAUACCUCCAGAGUUUUUCUAGGUACGUAUUUACGCAUUAUCAAGUGAGAUAAGUUUUGGUUUUUAAAAUCCAAUAUGUUGCUUAAUCCUUGGCUUCUCAGCGACAGUGCCGACAAGAUAUCGAGUUAGCGGGGUUGGAAGGUCAAAUGGCAGUCGCUUUUAUAAAAAAAAUAGUACCUACGCCAAUUAUUGGGAUUAGUCGUCAAGCGAACCCAGACUCCCAUGGCUCGCGGAAAAUCUGAAUUAAUUAUUUAUUCUGAAGUAGUUGUUUUUUGACUGGCCUGAGAUUUUUUUAAGUAAUAUAUAACAUACUAAAUAAUUAUUUCAACCCUUUUAAUUAAUAUUUUAACAUCAGUACAGUGUAGUUAAUGCAAGUGGAUUUAAGGGCGUUUUUAUCCUUUUUAAUAACCAUAAUUAGACAGUGCAGACUAAUUUUAUCACAUAAAAAAGUCCUGUUAAACCACAGACCAAACUUUGUUUUUUUUUUUAAUUAAGUCUACAUAAAGCCAACAAAGAACAACAAUUAUUAAACAUUAUUUUUUUAAUAAAAAAAUUACCUGUUAGAUUACUUUAUCGUGUAUCGAAAUUCGUUCAUAGAUUUUUUAAUGUAAAAUUAACAAAAGAUUGAAAGAGGUGAUAAGUAUUUCAGUGGGCUAAGAAAGAUGUAAGUUUAAUUUUUAUGCUUUUUGAGAUUUAGUUUAGUGAAAUACAUUUCCAAAAUCGUUCGAUAAGAACAUAAUAUGUAAAAUCUAACCCCCUUAUUCAUAAACGUUUACUAAAGUUGACAAGCCGAUAAUAAUCGUUUGUCCCUUUCCAUCGGAUUCCCCUUACCAAUACGUCGGAAAGGGACAAACAAUUAUUAUCGGCUUGUCAACUUUAGUAAACGUUUAUAAAUAAGGGGGUCAGUAUUUAGACAUUUAUUUAAGUUUUAUGCUUAAUACAGGCGGUAUAGUGUUAAAUACUUACUUAAAUUACCUCGAAUCGUUAGAUUUAUAUUCUGCAAUAACAAUAACAUUCAAAGUCUUAAGCCAGCCAUUCUCAAAGUGCGCCCGCGGACCUCUAGGGCUCCUGUGCCGCCGCUGUGGGUGCUCCGCGAGAAAAAGUGAAAACAAAUUAAUAACCAGCUCUUCUAUAUCAUAAUUUGUCUAACGAAAACUUUUAAUUUGGGGCUCUGUCAAAUAUUUUGCUUUCCAAAAAGUUUCCCCCUCGCCAAAAAGUUUGAGAACCGCUGGCUUAAGGAAUUAAAAAUGUCAUGUCAAAGCACGAGUAAUAAUCUUAUCAUUCCACUUUCGAUUUUCCUUGAAGUUAUUCAUGGUUACAAGUGUUACACCUAUACUGCAAAACGUAAUUCAAGACCAAAAAAAAGUAAGACAAUGUUGCCACUGCAAUAAUUUGUUUGUAAAAUUAUAAAUUCCUUUUGAUAAUAAACUACUUCUAAAAAACUACUUUUUACUUUUGAUGUACGAGUAAAGUUUGUAAUUUUAUGAAUAAAUGAAUAUGAAUAUGAUAAAUAAUCACGCUAAGAUAAUUUAUUCAUAAUAAUUUUACUCCUACUACUUAAAAAAGUACUUUUAUUUACUUAUUUGUACAUAAAUACAAGACGCGAUAGUAAAAAAUGGCAACAUUUCUUACUUUUUUUGGUCUUGAAUUACGUUUUGCAGUUUAGUAGCAUUCUUGUGGCACGAUUUUACCCAUUCAUCUAGUUGUUCCAUUUCAUUAUCUGAUUCUAAUCCAACAUAUAGAGUCAAAAUGUCGCAUUUUAAUUCAAUAACUUUCACAAAAGUUUUUUCAUAAUAUUGCUAGGGCAGAUUUUAACACAAUACGACAUCAUAUACAACAACAUACAUAUUUCUGUAAGUACAGUAGGGCCUACAUAAUUAUGUAUAAACUUUUUCGCCUUAGUAAGUGUUAUAAGGUGAAUAAAUUGUAGGUUCCGUUCCGACUUUCCGACUUCAUUCAUACUAACCUACACUAAAUUUAAUAGCUUCAAAAAAAAUUAACUCAAUUCCAUGAUAUAAAUGAUCAAGGUAAUCUUGUCAGUAGAAAACGGCGCGAAAUUCAAAUUUUCUAUGAGAUGAUAUCUCUUCACGCCUACAUUUUUCAAAUUUGCCGCCUAUUUCUCCUGGCAAGAUCUGCUUGACCAGCUAUUAAUAAAUUACAUGCUCACAUUGUUUUUACUUUUCCACUUAAAAAAAAAGUUUUAAAAGAUUCAAAUGCUAUUUAUGGACACUAAAAUAAAUAAAUAAAACAUUAAAAUAUGUACUAAUAUACGUAUUACAAUAGUUGGGGGUUUUAAUGCUCAGGUCAUAUAAUUUUAAUUUUAUUAUGAUUAUUGACCCUGUGGCUAAGCCAAAGGUACUAUUUCGACAUUCUUCAUUAGGUUAUUUCGGCUUGUUUCUAUGUGUUGGUAUUUUCAUGCUAUCUCUAUAUUCCUGUGCAGUUGGAAUGAGAAUGGUAACACUUUGCUGGCCCAAUAUUACAGGGUUCUAUGUCUCACUUUUAUCGAACUGAAAUUUGAACCUUGUCAUAGUGACAUUAAGUCGAAUUUCAACUGUCUUGAAAAUGUAACAUAGAACUUUGUAAUAUUGAACCAGCAACGUUUGAUUAAGUUAAAUUUUUUCUAUCCUUUCAUGACAUCAUUCCACGGCCAUCUUGGGAACGUAGAGCAUGGUGAAAUUUCUAAUUUGUAAAGAGAAUAAUUCUAACUGAGAUUGUCUCCUCACAAAUCAGAAAUCACUGUGAGCAUGCUUUAGACUAAGACUAUUCAGAUUUUGUUAUAUCCCUGUAUAUUUUUUAUAGUCAUUCGUUUUUAUUACUUAUAAUUAAAUUGAAUAUUAGGUAUCGCGUAUUAGAAAUUGUAUAAAAAUAAAAAUGAAUGUAUAUAAUAGGUACCCUAGAUCUAUAUUAGUUAGCAUGAUUGUAAAUCUCGAGUCUAACGUAAUCCUUAUUUUUUAUAUUGCCAAAUAUAUUUAGCGGUAAUCGAUGUAUUGGAAGAGACGGAUACCUAAAUAUGUAUAUCAAUAAAGUAUAUAAUGUUGAUUUCAAAUACAAA